AUGGUCAGUUCCAUACCGGAACAGAAAUCUGCCCAAGAUGAUGCCUAUGCGUCUAUUUGGAAAAUUGGAGUCAACGAGGCCUGUACCCGUGCGGUUCUGCACAGUGCAUUCCCGGAUGUUGCGUUGGAUCAGCUGCCUGUCGAGGAAGAGCACGUACGCCAGCUGAUACCGCAGCGGCUUUCACCAAGAAUUGAUACGCAAGAAACAAUGUGCGACAAGGAAGCUCGCCAGAAGCAGUUGUGGGAGCGGGAACCAGAGGAAGCUUGGCCGCACGUCCCAGAAAGCAUUCGCCAUAUGUUGGCCGCGUCCAAUGCUCAAAACAUGGAAAAUAAACUGCAAUUCCUCAGUGAAGAGGACUACCAUCCGCCCCAGGGGCUGGGGGCCUUUCUCCGAUACAAGUCCGCCAUCAGCAAGAUUUUGAGUAUCUGGAGACGCGGCUUUGCGGCCGGUUUCUCCCCCACGAUCCUUAACUACAUUGCGCGACUCCUGACGCGGCAUCAGAUGCGCCGCCUGCGACGGAGCGGUCGGAACGGAGAAGCAUACUGGGCUGCAGUUGACAAGGCUGUCGAUCGCGAGCUUGUCUCGCUCGAGGCGUACGUCGAGCAGCAAUCGGAACCCAGCGCUGGCCCACAAUCGUGGCAAGUGGUGCCGAUUAAGGUGCCGGUGGAGAGAUACAUCCGAUUCACACGCUGCUUCAGAGUUGGACGCGGAGCCGAGCAGCUUAUCAGCCUCCUAAAAGAUGAUAUGGAGGGCAUCGUGAAUGUCUAUCAAGACCACCUCUGGUCUGCGAGGCUACUCCAGAUGAAUCAGCGUCGGAAAGGGCAGUCAAAGAUCCCAUGGAGCCACGGCUACCCAAACUCGUUGUCUGUCAAGGAACACGACUUCAAGAAAUGCGACCAAUCGGGCUUCUGCAAGCGUAAUCGAGCAUAUGCCGACAAAGCCACCGCCGAAAGCACACGAUGGCAAUCACCAUACCAAAUUCAACCUGCAUCCGUAUCAUUCAAAGACGGCCAGCUACAUGCCGUCAUCCAAAAGAGCAUCAACGCCAAGGGCGACACCGUCAACCUACCAAUCACCGUCUCAUUUCUCAAGUCUGGAAACGCUCGCGUGACGGUCGACGAGGAACGACGACAGAAGCAGGACAUUGAGCUACGCCACGACAGCAAAGUUCGAAAGGAGAGAUACAACGAAGCCGAAAAGUGGGUUCUUGUCGGCGGACUGGCCCUCGACAAGGAUGCCAAGGUGUCUCAUCAGGACGACACCCAGACGAACGUCCAGUACGGCAAGGAGGGCAACCUGGAGGCUGCCAUCAAGUACUCGCCCCUUGAAAUUGAUUUUCGACGCGACGGCGCAUCGCACAUCCGAUUCAAUGACCGUGGAUUUCUCAACAUGGAGCACUGGCGUCCCAAGAUCGAAAAAGAAGAGGGCCAGGCGGACACUGACGGGGAGGACGAGUCGACCUGGUGGGACGAAAGCUUUGGAGGCAAUACCGACUCCAAGCCCCGUGGCCCCGAAAGUGUGGCCCUCGAUAUUUCGUUCCUUGGAUAUGAGCACGUCUUCGGCAUUCCUGAGCACACUGGUUCUCUCUCGCUGAAGCAGACCCGCGGCGGAAACGGCAACCACAACGAACCCUACCGAAUGUACAACUCUGACGUCUUCGAGUACAUUCUGGAUAGCCCCAUGACGCUUUACGGAUCUAUCCCGUUUAUGCAAGCCCACAAGAAGGAUUCCACAGUCGGCGUCUUUUGGUUGAAUGCUGCUGAGACCUGGGUUGACAUUGUCAAGUCCAAGGCUGCAAGCAAUCCCCUGACCCUUGGAAAGGCUGGCAAGACCAACACUGAGACACAUUGGAUCUCCGAAAGUGGCCUGCUCGACGUCUUCGUGUUCCUUGGUCCGACCCCCCAGGAUCUCACCCGAACCUACGGCGAGCUGACCGGCUAUUCCGCUAUUCCCCAGGAGUUCGCCAUUGGAUACCACCAGUGUCGAUGGAAUUACAUCUCUGAUGACGACGUCAAGGACGUUGAUCGCAAGAUGGACAAGUUCAAGAUUCCCUACGACGUCAUCUGGCUGGACAUUGAGUACCUUGAUGACCGAAAGUACUUUACUUGGGACCCUCAUUCGUUCACCGACCCAACUGGCAUGGGCAAGCAGCUCGAGGACCACUCUAGACAGCUUGUCAUCAUUAUCGAUCCGCACAUCAAGAAGCUAGAAGGCUACCCAGUCUACGAUCAACUCAGCUCCAAGGAUUUGGCUGUCUAUGACAAGGAGGGCAAACCCUACGAGGGAUGGUGCUGGCCUGGAUCGUCCAACUGGAUCGACUGCUUCAAUCCUAAGGCUCUUGAGUGGUGGAAGUCUUUGUACAAGUAUGACAAUUUCCCCGGCACCGCGGAGAACACUUUUAUCUGGAACGAUAUGAACGAACCGUCCGUCUUUAACGGCCCUGAAACGACCAUGCCCAAGGACAAUAUCCAUUUCGGCCAAUGGGAGCACCGUGAUGUUCACAACAUCAAUGGUCUUACCUUCCAUAACGCCACGUUCGAGGCUCUGAAGACGCGCAAGAAGGGUGAGCUGCGCAGACCUUUCGUGCUCACCCGUUCAUUUUAUUCUGGCUCGCAGCGUCUUGGAGCUAUGUGGACUGGUGAUAACCAGGCUACGUGGGAGCACCUUGCUGCAUCAAUUCCCAUGGUCUUGAACCAGGGCAUCUCUGGGUUCCCCUUCGCCGGCGCUGAUGUGGGCGGUUUCUUCGGCAACCCCUCCAAGGACCUGAUGGCUCGCUGGUACCAGGCUGGUGCCUUCUACCCCUUCUACCGCGGGCACGCCCACAUUGACUCUCGUCGUCGUGAACCAUACCUGCUCGGGGAGCCGUACACCGGCAUUCUGACUCAGGCCCUGAGACUGCGCUACGCUCUUCUCCCCUCUUGGUACACGGCUUUCUUCCAGGCUAAUCGUGACGGCAGCCCCAUUGUUCGCCCGAUGUACUGGACUCAUCCUUCAGAAGAGGGCGGUUUCGCUAUUGACGACCAGCUCUUUGUUGGGUCGACGGGUAUCCUCGUCAAGCCCAUCGUUGAAGAGAACAAGUUCUCGACUGAUAUUUGGAUCCCGGAUGAUGAGGUCUACUACGACUACACCACCUACGAGGUCGUCAACACACAAAAGGGCAAGCGGGUCACGUUCGCAGCUGCUAUUGAUCAGAUUCCGAUGCUUAUGCGCGGUGGUCAUGUAUUUGCACGUCGCGAUAUUCCUCGCCGCUCUGCCGUCGCGAUGAAGUACGACGACUACACGCUUGUUGUUGCUGUGUCCAAGGAUGGAGCUGCUGAAGGCGAGCUGUAUGCCGACGACGGCGACACGUUUGAGCACGAAAAGGGCCAGUACAUCUACCGCAAGUUUAGUCUCAACAAGGAUGGCAUGAGCUCUGUGGAUGCCGAGGGCCGAAGCGCCAAGUCGGUGAAGGCGGGCGCUUGGUUGAAGGCGCAGAGCCAGGUGCACGUCGACAAGGUUGUGAUUGUGGGCGCGACGGAGGCGUGGAACAAGAAGGAGGUCGAGAUUGAGUCGGAGGGCAAGACUUGGACGGCACAGGUGAGCUACCGCGCGGCGACCAAGAACCAGGCCGCGUACGCCGUGGUGGGCCGUGUCGGGGCCAAGAUUGGCAGCGACUGGAGCAUCAAGCUGGCUUAG